CGACGGAGCUGUCAAACAGCAACAAUCGCCUGAAAUAUUAUCCCGGGCGAUACAGCAAACAUCGUACUUUGCUCUAUUGUGGAAACAAGGACGAAGGAAGCAGACUUUGACUUCACUUUGAGCUUUCAGCCUUUGGGAAUUUGUACUUUUGAACCGUCGGCGACGAAAAACUUCCUGUUUUAUAUGUAUUGGUGGAUCUCGGGCUAAUGUUUGUUAGCUCUUCGCUUAGCUCGAGUUUUGUUGACAAACUAGCCAGCCUGCUAGUCUCAGAGGGGCUGCGUUACCAACUUUGCUUUCUUGUCGUUUGCGAUAAAUGCAACACGUGGGAGGCAUGAAACCCAGCUCGAACUAUUCUUGCAAACAUCCCUAUGAAAUAACAACAGGUCUCCAAGGGGUCACUAUAUAUCUGUCAAACAUGUGAAAACCCUCUCGGACUUCCCAGUACAAGCAGUAGGAAACUGGACCAACAGGAGACAUCUUGGAUCCAGCCAGGGUGUGUCACCAGAGGUGCCCGAAACAAAAAUUUUAAACGGAAGUCUAUGUGCGUGACAUAUUUUCUCCCAGUACACAAACUGAGUAAAUCCUGGGCUGCCGUGGAGCCAUCGGCACCGUUAAAACAAUCUACUCCUCUUGUCAUGUGGGUACAUUACUGGAAAAGGCCCGUAUUACCCUCACUGGUAUCACCUUUUACGACACCAUGGACCGGAAUAAACGUAACUCCAUUGCUGGGUUCCCUACACGACCCGAACGAAUCAAUGAGGACAGAGAUGGUAUUGGAGGGGUAGGGGUCUGCGAGAUAGGAAUGGGCCCACCUUCACAGGUGGGCAGGGUGUGGCCAUCAUCCUACAGAGCCCUCAUCAGUGCCUUCUCCUGUCUUACACGCCUUGAUGACUUCACCUGUGAGUGGAUCGGUUCUGGAUUCUUCUCCGAUGUCUUUAAGGUGUGCCAUCGAGCUUCAGAUCAAGUUAUGGCUCUGAAGAUGAACAAACUCAGCAGCAACAGAGCGAACAUGUUGAGAGAGGUCCAGUUAAUGAACAGGCUUUGCCAUGCACACAUACUCAGGUUCAAGGGAGUGUGUGUCCAUGAGGGCCAACUCCACGCUCUGACAGAGUACAUCAAUGGUGGAAACCUGGAGCAGCUUCUAGACAGCAACAAACACCUGAGUUGGCCCACAAGGGUGAAACUGGCCUGUGAGAUCGCCAGCGGUCUGGCUUACUUGCACUCCAAAGGCAUAUUCCACCGGGACCUCACCUCCAAGAACUGCCUGAUAAAAAGUGAUGACAAUGGCUACACAGCAGUGGUGGGAGACUUUGGCCUGGCAGAAAAGAUCCCCACCAAUCUUGCUGAAGCAGAGAAACUGUCAGUGGUUGGUUCUCCUUUCUGGAUGGCUCCAGAGGUGCUGAGAGAUGAACCCUACGACGAGAAGGCCGAUGUAUUCUCUUAUGGUAUAAUCCUGUGUGAGAUCAUUGCGAGGGUCCAGGCUGACCCCGACUUUCUUCCCCGCACAGAGAACUUUGGUCUGGACUAUCACACUUUCCAGCACAUGGUCGGAGACUGUCCGCCUGACUUCCUCCAGCUGGCUUUCAACUGCUGCAAUAUGGACCCUAAACUCCGUCCGUCCUUCCCAGACAUCGUCAGGCACCUCGAGGAGAUUCUUGCGCGCCUUAAAGUUGAGGAAAUGGAGCAGGAGUGUGUCCCACUUAGUGGGGACAACGACAAGAAGACAACACCCAAAGGUGACAAGAUCCAGGGCUUCAAGCGGCAGAACCCUCUCGGUUUCCACGAUGAUAAAAUCCCUCCGAAAUCACCCCGCCCACGACGAAACAUCUGGCUCAGCCGUAGCCAAUCAGACAUCUUCUCCUGCAAACCAGGAAGAAAAGUGAAUGUCCAGGACCCUUACUAUAACCCCCCUAUUGCUCAGCGAGCAUCUAAAGCCCACAAGAUCAACCCGUUCACUGCUCGAGAGGACCUGUGUGGAGGCAAGAUCAAGUUUUACGACGUGCCCAGCAAGUCCGUGUUCUCGUUGGUUUUUGACCUGCACUCGCCUCCGGGGAGUAUGUUCAGUAACCAGCUGUCUACUCACGGACCAGGAGGACCUCAACAGGAGACGUCUUACUACUGGCAGCAGCUGCCAGGAAGACAGUGUCACUCCUUGCCUGUGUCCCCUCAGCUGCCCCGCUCCGAGGUCUUUCACCUCGCUGCUGCUCUUAGCUCCAAUAAUAACGGUUCUGUUAUGUGUAACUCCAGCCAACUGUCGACAACGCUGCCCGCAACUAACUCCAGGUCUGACGCAGGCCUGGUGGGAAAUGAUGUCCGGCAGAAGGCAGUGCUGAGCGGCUGGGCAAAGAAAUACGUCGUGGUUGAGAUCCCCCCUUACUGCAGGCAGAGAGGAGGGGAGGAGGACGGAGGGGAAGAGGGGAAGAAGGAUGGAAGGGAGGAGGAUGAGCUUGGGGAGAGCUGGUCUCCGAUGGUCCCCAGCAGCGAGAGAGACAGUGGGGAGGCAAUGGACUGCUCCAGCAGCAUGGAGGAAGAGGAGGAACGAGAAAGAGGGACAGACACCUGCCCCAUGUAACACACAUGUAAAUCUACACACACACACAGACACACACGGAGGUGUUGGUGGUGGUGGAUUUGGACAGAAGGGAGAUUUUUACCCCUGGAUGGAGAGCACAGAGGCAGUAAACCGACACACCGUAUACAUUUUAAAGAUUUUGAAAAAUAAAAGCACUUGAUAUUUUAUCUUUCAAGUGAAUGUAUCACAUGUUGACUCAUAAAUCAAGCACACCUAAUGAUAAUGAUCUUUCAAAGAUAUUAUCACGCAGGUGUGACGGGACAAGUCUCCGUUUAGCACAAAAAAAGAAGCUUUUAUCAACACAAUGGACACUUGGCAUAGAGAUUAUUUUUUUGAAAAAGUUGUUCAUAUUUAAUAUUGUGAGAUGAUGUAGAUUUUUUUUGUCCUUUUAAGGUUUCUUAUAUUAGGCGUCUUGUGUAUGAUAAGGGGUAUUGACGAUCCCUUGUGUUGUGUAAGUGUGUGUUUAAAAAUCAAAGCUUAUGUUUUGAUACCUUGCCCAUGUUCCUUGUUAGACAAAUGUUUAUAAUAAAUCGAAACAAAUCCCAUAUUUUCAGAUUAACAUUCAGAUAAGAAAACUAGAGGUGAUUUAUAACAAUUGAGUGCCUAAAAACCAACACUCACAAGACAGAUGAUUCAUCUCAAACCGUCCUAGCAACCCAGAACAAGACUGCAGUGUUAAAACAUUUUGCACUGUCACACCUCCUUCAACCUCCUUUAACUAAUUCACAGGGAACUCUGCCUUGCAACAGCAAGAGUGAAUUUAGAGAGGAUAGUUUUAGGUUAGGACCUCAUGUGGUCAUUAGUCAUAGCGGCCUUUGGUCAGAUGCACUAUAAAUCUGUCUAACUCACACCACUCAGCAGUCAAAGCAAAGCAUUCACAAGCAAUGCUGUUAAGACAUCAAAUUCAGCAAAAAAGUACCUUGUAAAGUUUCACAUUUCAGAUGUCAGAAUUCACUUGAAUGCACCACGUUUUUGAAAUAGUCCCCUUUUGCAACUCAUUAACACACAAUGAUGAUGAAAUGAUCAAAAAAUAAAGCCAAAACAGAGGAAUAAAAAAGAAGAAGUUUAAAGCAAGACUAUGUAACAUUUAAGACAAAACAACAUCUUCUUACAAAUGGAAAGUACAUUUGCAAACAAUAAAACGCACCCCUACUCACUUCAAUACACUCAGGGAUUGAGCCACUAUAGUUUUUCUUGGUCUGGUUUGACCAAGAAAAGCUAUAUGACUAAUGUUAGCAGACACUGACUAACUAACAUAUACCAUUCACAUCAUAAUAGCACAUGGCUUUACCAGGAUUUUUACACAUAUUUUCUACGCUCAGAAUGUAGUCCUUAAAAGCAACUUACUUCAUGUGCCAUCAUUGAGUAAUUACCACUUAUGGCCACAGUGAUCGCUGUUUUUUUUUUUUUUUUUUUAAAGUUGCCUAGUCUAGCUUUAAAGUCAAAAUUGAAUAUUUUUUGGAAGAGGGUGCUCCCUCACAAAAUCGAUCUCAUGUCAAACUUCUAAUAAAGGCCAGCAGUAAUGUAAAUUAGAUGUGAAUUACAUACAAAAUCAGAUAAUUCAGUUUGAAAUGUUGCAUAUAUGUUCUUUAACAGUGUUAUCAACAAACAGUGAUUAUCGCUGAUAACUAUUUAAAAAAAAAGUCAGAUAUCAGCCUGACAGAAAGUUGAGAUGACAAAAGGCUUUCCUGGUUGGACUAUGCAGUGCGUGCAGACUGUUUCCCUCAGUUUAUUCCGUCCCAUGCAUAAGAUACAUUCACAUGUCAUGUGUUUAAAAUGAGUAUGAAAGACCAAAUUUGGGAGUAAUAAUGUAAGUAAAAUCCCACACAAACUUCACUAGAUUUAAUUCCAUCUCGACCAAAGUGUCUUAAAAAACUGUAAACUUCCCUGACCUAGAAACUCAGAAGAGCUCAUGGCUCAGUCUCAUAGAAUACAACUUAUGUUUGAUGAGUUAUAUUUUAAUUACAUUGGGCCUUUUAGUUUUUUUCCAUUCAGAUGUGCCUGAUGUUGAGUUUUCAGGGUAUUGUGUGGAAAAUAUCCAAACCAGACAGAGCUUAGCUGAGCAGUAUUUAGAAACAUAAAAAUGUCUGUUCUAUCACAAAUAAUUAAUAAAUAAAUGUAAACGUACCAUGAGUUUUUCCCCCUGAAAAUAUGGUACAGCCUGAGCUUAAGUGAGUAGAUGUUACCUAAAGGUCGAGUGUAUAGGAUUUAGGAGGAUCUAAUAGCAGAAACUGUAUAUAAUAUUCAUCACUAUGUUCUAAUUAAUUUAUAAACACCUGAAAAAUGUUGUUGUUUCUACAGUAGCCUAGAAUGGACAAUCAAACACUAGCUCAAGAUAAGUCCAUAUGCAUAUUUGAGUUCUCCUAAAAACUUGGCAAACCAGACGAGUAUCAGUUGGUGCAGUUUUCAGCCUCACCACUAAAUGUCACUAAAUCCCACACACUGGACCUUUAAAAUUUAAUGUUUAUUCUCUUUUAAUUGGAGCGCAUUCCUAAUCUGAAGCUAGAUAUCUCACAGCAAUUUAGUCAUACACACUCCUUAUAUGGUUGCUGCUAACAUUUGGUUUCAUUGUCUUAUUAAAUUGGUGGUCUCAUGCAUUUUCUACUCACACACUCCAGUAAACAUCUGAAAUGGAUUACUCUUUUUAUCAUUGAUUCUCAUUUGGCAGGUUUGUUAAAACAUUACAACUGUUCAUCAGUGUUGGUCUAAAUGUUUCAGUGUAUAAAGUAAAUGACUGUUAUGAAAUCAGAUUUAUUUUUUGUUGAACCAGUUGUCUCCUGCACUUCCUUACAAUGUUCUCAUUACAUUCUGCCGAUCUCAGUCCGAUCACGUCAGUAGGAACUAAAAUGCACUUGUACAGCGAUAUACACGGCGAUGUCCCCGAGCUACUUAUCACUACUUUUCUAUGCAACCAAUGUAACUUUUAUGACACUGUUUUACAGUAUAAAGAAUCUAAUUUGAUAUUUAUGAAAAAACAUUUUUCAUGUCUUACCUUUGUAUAUUUGUGUAAAAAGUUUGUGUUACCUGCCUUGAUGAAUACAGAUUGAGAUGUUUUUUGCUGAUCUAAUAA